GAGACGUUGCCGUCGUCCCUCAAAAACGAUAAGAAAGAUAUUUCUUAUCCAUACAAAAAUCCUGGGCACCCUUUCCAUUUCCCGCUUCAAGCUCUCAUCCUCUGCAUCUGCCCUGGUUUUUGCUAGGGUGCCUAAAUUCCUCCAAAACGAAGUGCAUUUAGAGUUCCGAAUCUCUUCUUCUUCUUCUGUUGAUUUUGCUUUUAGGGUUUUCUCCUUAUCCGUGCAUUUUAUACUGAGCUUUUGAGUAACUUAUAUUUGAGUCGAGAUGGCUGCUUUGAGUGCUCUUUCUCUUUGCCCUUCUAGGUUUUCAUGUCGACCAAAUCCAAGAAGAGCUUCCAUUUGUUGCUCUGUUGACGCUCCUAUCGUGACAGGUACUCGGGGGUCAAAAAUUCCUCAUAAGAGAUCUGGAAGAAUGGAAGGGCCUGGAAAAAGUAUGGAGGAUUCUGUUCAGCGCAAAAUGGAACAAUUUUAUGAAGGGUCUAAUGGGCCACCUCUCCGUGUUCUCCCCAUAGGCGGCCUUGGUGAAAUUGGGAUGAAUUGCAUGCUUGUAGGGAACCAUGAUCGUUAUAUCUUGAUUGAUGCUGGUGUUAUGUUUCCAGACUAUGAUGAGCUUGGAGUCCAGAAAAUCAUACCUGAUACAGCGUUCAUCAAAAGAUGGAGCCAUAAAAUUGAAGCAGUUGUUAUAACGCAUGGUCAUGAAGAUCACAUUGGUGCGUUGCCUUGGGUUAUCCCAGCUUUGGAUCCUAAUACACCAAUAUUUGCUUCAUCCUUCACAAUGGAGCUUAUUAAGAAGCGAUUGAAGGAGUUUGGAAUUUUUGUUCCAUCUCGGCUGAAGAUGUUUAGGACAAGGAAGAAAUUUAUAGCUGGGCCUUUUGAAGUAGAACCCAUCAGGGUUACACAUUCCAUUCCUGAUUGUUGUGGAUUGGUGCUUCGAUGUGCUGAUGGCACAAUUCUUCAUACAGGGGACUGGAAAAUAGAUGAGUCACCAUUAGAUGGAAAAACUUUUGACCGUGAAGCUCUGGAGGAACUCUCAAAAGAAGGAGUUACACUGAUGAUGAGCGACUCAACAAAUGUGCUAUCACCUGGAAGGACCAUUAGUGAGGCAGUUGUAGCAGAUGCAUUAUUAAGACAUAUUUCAGCUGCUAAAGGAAGAGUUAUUACUACACAGUUUGCAUCUAACAUACAUCGUCUUGGUAGUGUAAAAGCUGCAGCUGAUUUAACUGGCCGGAAGUUGGUAUUUGUUGGCAUGUCUUUAAGGACAUACUUGGAUGCUGCCUGGAAGGAUGGAAAAGCACCAAUUGAUCCAUCAACUCUGGUGAAGGUGGAAGAUAUUGAUACGUAUAAUCCGAAAGAUUUGCUAAUUGUUACUACAGGCUCACAGGCAGAACCUCGUGCUGCCCUGAACCUUGCAUCAUAUGGAAGUAGUCAUUCCCUCAAAUUGAACAAGGAGGAUGUGAUUUUAUAUUCAGCUAAGGUAAUUCCUGGGAAUGAGAUUCGGGUAAUGAAAAUGAUGAACCGGAUAGCUGAACUUGGUUCUACAAUUGUAAUGGGGAAAAAUGAGGGGCUGCACACAUCUGGUCAUGGGUAUCGUGGAGAACUGGAGGAAGUGCUUAAGAUUGUGAAGCCGCAACAUUUUCUACCCAUCCAUGGAGAACUCCUGUUCCUGAAAGAGCAUGAAUUACUUGGGAAAUCAACUGGCAUCCGGCACACUGCUGUUAUUAAGAAUGGGGAAAUGCUUGGGGUUUCACACCUGAGGAACAGAAGAGUUCUAUCGAAUGGUUUUAUUUCCUUGGGAAAGGAAAAUUUACAGUUGAUGUAUAAUGAUGGUGAUAAAGCAUUUGGAACAUCCACAGAACUCUGCAUUGAUGAGAGGUUAAGAAUAGCAUUGGAUGGUAUUAUAGUUGUCAGCAUGGAAGUUUUACGCCCACAAAAUGUGGAUGGCCUACUUGAAAGAAAAAUCAAGGGGAAAAUAAGAAUCACAACGCGUUGCUUAUGGCUUGACAAAGGGAAACUUUUAGAUGCACUAUAUAAAGCUGCCCAUGCUGCAUUAUCUAGCUGUCCUGUAAACUGCCCCCUAGCUCACAUGGAAAGAACAGUGUCUGAGGUAUUAAGGAAGAUGGUAAGAAAAUACAGUAGUAAAAGGCCUGAAGUCAUUGCAAUUGCUGUGGAGAGCACAACUGGAGUUCUAUCUGAUGAGAUUAAUGUAAGAUCAUCUAGCAAGUCCCAUGUUGGCUUUGGGCUAUUGGGGUUAAAUAAAAUAGUUGAUGAGCAUCCCAGAAAGAGGAGGUCAAGCAGGAAGCUGGAGGAAGCAGGCAGUGGCAAUACUCACUUGGAGAAAGAUAUUUCUGUGCAACACGAAAUUGCAGGUGAGGUUGAUGGGCAAUUACUAUCUGAGGAGGAGGAGGCAACAAUGUCAAGCUCAGAUUUAGAAGUCUCAUCUUCUCCCACUGCAGAAAAUUCGGAUGAUUUUUGGAAUUUAUUUGUAACACCAUCCCCUCUUGAGCACCUAGGAAAGGUUGAAAAUGGUUCCAUUAGAAAAGAGGAACAUCUGGAGCUUAAUAAAGAUGGAACAAAAAGUAGAGGAGAGGGCUCUGCUGAAUUGGCAAGUCCUCAAUCAGCAUCUUCCAAGCCUGCGAAACGGAAUAAAUGGAUGCCUGAAGAGAUUAUGAAACUAAUCAAAAUGCGUGGGGAAUUAGAUAGCAGAUUCCAAGUUGUCAAGGGGAGAAUGGUCCUUUGGAAGGAGAUAUCUGCAAACUUAUUGGUUUAUGGGAUAAAUCGAACCCCAGGCCAGUGCAAAUCUCUUUGGGCAUCACUAAUUCAGAAAUAUGAGCAGGAAAUUAGGAUUGGUAAGAAAAGCAAGAAAAGUUGGCCAUACUUUGAUGAAAUGGAGAAGAUUUUAUUGGGUCGUGAGGCAACAAGUACAAAAUGAACCGUCAUAUGGUCAACUAUGAGCUUCACAAAAAAUUGGGGGAGUUCUCAGCAGAGAUGCAAAUUUUGUCUUUCUGCUCAAUGAUCUGCUAUAACAAGGAAAAAAUCAUGAUAAAAUAAGGCUUCUAUGAAAUUUUCCAUGCAUAUAAAAUCAGCAGUUGCCCAUUAUUUGUAGCCGACCCCAUAUAGUUGGGACAAGCCUUGGUUGAGUUGUGUCACGCAUUAUUUGUAGAAAUUCUUGCAUGAGAUUUUUUUUCCUUUUUCUUUUGAACAGAUGGUGGCCAAUGUGUUGGGAUUCUGGGAAGCCUUGUUCGGACAUUCUUUCGACUACACUGUCAAAAGAAAGUAGGAAUCUGUUUAAGCUGAGACGCCACAUGUAUAACCAUCUGAUUUGGCCUUUGUUUUUCUUGAAUGUUUAUCCUUUUUUAUUCUAGUUGUCAAACAACUGUUAUUUUUUAGAUAGCUAUGGUAAUCUGAUUUGAUGGAC